CCAUCUUUUCAGUAGUCUCUUCUUCUUCUUCUCCUCAAUCAAAACACCCAUUUAGUUUUCCAUUACCUUCAGAACUAUACGGAUUUUCAAGUAAAGGAAAUUGAAAUGGAUGCUUUCGGUGGGUUUUUUGUUGACGCCAAGGCAGUUCGCGUGGAGAACAUUUUCCUCGAGUUUCUCAAAAGCUUUAGAUUGGAUGGGCAUCAUAAUAUGGAAGAAGCUUACUAUGAGGCUGAAAUUGAAGCCAUGAGAGCUAACGAAUCAACUACCAUGUUCAUCGAUUUCUCUCACGUUAUGCAUUUCAAUGAUCUUCUCCAGAAAGCCAUCGCUGAUGAGUACUUGAGAGUGGAGCCCUACUUGAAGAACGCAUGCAAGAGGUUCGUGAUGGAGCUGAAGCCUACAUUUAUAUCCGAUGAUAACCCUAAUAAGGAUAUCAAUGUGGCCUUCUUCAAUAUCCCUUUCUCUAAGCGGUUAAGAGAGCUAACUACUGCAGAAAUUGGUAAACUGGUAUCAGUGACUGGAGUUGUGACCCGCACAAGUGAGGUGAGGCCAGAGCUUCUGCAAGGAACUUUUAGGUGCUUGGAAUGUGGUGGCGUCAUUAAGAAUGUUGAACAGCAAUUCAAAUACACUGAGCCAACAAUUUGUGUGAAUGCCACAUGCAAUAACAGAACAAAAUGGGCAUUGCUCAGACAAGAGAGCAAGUUUGCUGAUUGGCAAAGGGUCAGAAUGCAGGAAACUUCCAAGGAGAUUCCUGCUGGCUCUCUUCCCAGAUCUUUGGAUGUUAUUCUUCGCCAUGAUAUUGUUGAGCAGGCCAGAGCGGGUGACACGGUCAUUUUCACAGGUUCUGUGGUUGUAAUACCAGACAUAUUAGCAUUGGCAUCCCCAGGAGAGAGAGCAGAAUGCCGUCGAGAAGCUCCUCAACGCAAAAACUCUGCUGUUGGACAGGAAGGUGUGAGAGGGCUGCGGGCAUUGGGAGUGAGAGACCUCUCCUAUCGACUAGCGUUUAUUGCUAAUUCUGUGCAGGUUUGUGAUGGUAGAAGGGAUACUGACAUUAGGAAUAGAAAAAAGGAUGUUGAUGAAGAUGACAACCAGCAGUUCACAGCAGAGGAAAUAGAUGAAAUUCAGAGAAUGAGAAACACUCCUGAUUUUUUCAACAAGCUGGUUGAUAGUGUUACUCCAACUGUUUUUGGUCACCAAGAUAUCAAGCGAGCAAUCCUUCUCAUGCUUUUGGGUGGUGUUCACAAAUUUACUCACGAGGGCAUUAACCUGAGAGGGGACAUCAAUGUGUGCAUAGUUGGAGAUCCCAGUUGUGCAAAGUCUCAGUUUCUUAAGUAUACUUCAGGCAUAGUCCCUAGAUCUGUCUAUACAUCUGGCAAGUCCUCAUCUGCUGCUGGGUUGACUGCAACAGUUGCCAAAGAACCAGAAACUGGGGAAUUUUGUAUUGAGGCUGGCGCUUUGAUGCUUGCAGACAAUGGCAUUUGUUGCAUUGAUGAAUUUGACAAGAUGGACAUCAAAGACCAGGUUGCAAUUCAUGAAGCCAUGGAACAGCAGACAAUAAGCAUCACAAAAGCAGGAAUUCAAGCAACACUUAAUGCUCGCACAUCAAUCUUAGCGGCAGCCAACCCUGCAGGAGGACGCUAUGAUAAGUCUAAACCACUUAAGUAUAAUGUGGCGCUUCCUCCGGCAAUUCUUUCAAGGUUUGAUCUAGUAUAUGUGAUGAUUGAUGACCCAGAUGAUCAAGUUGAUUACCACAUUGCUCAUCACAUUGUAAGAGUUCAUCAGAAACAUGAAGAAGCACUUGCUCCUGCAUUCACAACUGCUCAGCUAAAGCGUUACAUAGCAUAUGCGAAAACUUUGAAACCAAAGCUCAAUUCUGAGGCCAAAAAACUGUUAGUGGACUCUUAUGUUGCUCUACGGAAAGGUGAUACAACUCCUGGUAGCAGAGUUGCUUAUCGCAUGACAGUUAGACAGUUGGAGGCAUUGAUAAGAUUGUCUGAGGCUAUUGCUCGAAGUCAUUUGGAAAAUCAGGUGCAACCACGCCAUGUUCGUUUAGCAGUGAGAUUGCUGAAGACAUCCAUUAUAAGUGUGGAGUCCAGUGAGAUUGAUCUAUCUGAAUUUCAAGAAGGAAAUCGUGAUGAUAAUGAUGAUAAUGAUGGUGAUGAUGGAAAUGAUGGUACUGGUCAAGAUGAUACUCAACCAAAUAACACCAACUCUGCUCCAGUUUCUGGAAAUACAGCACAAGGAGUGGGUUCAACAAGCCAACAAGGGAAAAAACUUGUGAUAAGCGAAGAAUACUUUCAGAGGGUUACUCAAGCUCUUGUCAUGCGCCUUAGACAGCAUGAAGAAGCUGUAUUGCGAGAUGGGACUGGGCUGGCUGGAAUGAGGCAGGGGGAGUUAAUCAGAUGGUAUGUGGAACAGCAAAAUCAGAAAAAUAGCUACAGUUCUGUAGAGGAAGCAAAGAAUGAAGCCACUAACAUCAAAGCCAUCAUAGAGAGUUUGAUACGGAGGGAAGGCUUCUUGAUAGUUGUAGAUGAUGGCAGGCAGACAGAAGCAGAUGGGGAAAGUGGGAGGCAGACAUUAUCCAGAGAUGACAGGAUAUUAGCUGUGGCUCCCAAUUAUGUUGUAGAAUGAUGUGAUCCGUUCACAAGGUAGUAAACAAAAGGCUCGCCACUUGAUGAUCACACUGAUACUGUACUUCACUUAUCCAUAUGGUCUGCUGUAAGUUCAUGUGUGAUUGUAGUUAUAUUAUAGCUUAGAUUCAUGCAUGAUGUCAGCCGAAUGUAUUAUUAAACUUACAAUGCUAGGGUAGAAAAUUUUAGAUGUUAUCAGUGUUUGAGUUUGACAUGGAUUCCCUUGGAUCUUUCGCUGUCUUUAUGCUUGUUUACUGUAUACAUGAAUAUUGUUCUGAUCGUUA